AUGACAGCGCCGCCCGGGUCGCCAGCAUUCUGCCCGCCUCCCGCGCAGUACCAGUACGCCUAUGUGCCGGCCGCCAGCUACGUGGCGGCAAGCAGCUGUGUAGGCAGAGGCAACAACGGCGGUCCGCUGCCGUAUCCGCUGCAGCCCGAGGCCGCACCAGGGUAUGGCGAGGAACAGACAUCCCUACUGUGGAACACAAGGCUCUUCGGCCUCUCCACGGACGUCCCCUCUGCCAUGGACUCCGUCAUGUGCAUCUACUGCAUCAGCAGCACGCACUUCAACUAUCUGUACCGCCAGCAGCGUGGCAUGUUCGAUCCGAUCACCGCCGCUCUCCUGUGCUUCGAUGUUUUUUGGUGCAUGCAGCUGUGGCCCGUUGUCACGCCGCUGUCGUCCAUCACGCUGCACACGCUCAUCACCCGCCGAGAGCUGCGGAAGCGCUAUGGCCUCGUCGGCAACGACCUAUUCGUGAAGAUGGAUCGCCUCAAUGCCGACACUGCAGCAGCGACGGAGGCGGGCGAGACGGGGGCGCAAGCUGAGGAGGCGACGACGGCAGAGGUAGAGUCACAGCCGCACAGGGCACGCGACAGCGACGUCACGGCGGAGGCUGCGGCUGCUGAGCCAGCAGGCACGGGGGAAGCUGCCGCAGAAGUGAUAUCAGUGACGCCCCCGGCCACAGCACCAUCUGAAGCUGCCGCGCCACGCACAGGAGAAUCGGACGUGAUGGCACACACGCCACGCCGUGUGUGCCAUGGGCUUCGAAGCUGA